AUGAUGGGUCUGUGGGCAAGCUACGACCGGCUCUUGGUCCGGCUGUCGCGCCAGACCUGGGUCAGGGCUGCCGCAGAGUGGCUGGAGGGCCACCAGAGCGUGGCGUCCAUCGGGAUCGCGGUCGCCCACACCCUGUUGGUUGUGGCCCUCGCCGGGCCCCUCCCCUCCUGCCUCCUGGCCCUGACAUGCCAGACGCUGCUCCUACUCUUCCUGCCCUACAACAGCUACCUUGCGGCUUCCCUCGGCACAGCCCUGACCUCAAGGCUGGUCACGGUCUCGGGCCUCCAGCUGGCACGCUUUCUUGUGCUGCGCAUGCUGUGGACCCCCGCAUGGUUUGUCUCCUGGGCCGUCCCCCUCGCCCUCUUCGCAGCCCUCUCCCUGGCCGUCAUCCCCCUGACCCUCCUCACGCCCCCCGCCGUGGUCGCCGUCCUGCGCUCCGGCAACUAUUACGAGGUGUUGCAGCUGCCCCGCGGCGCGGGGGAGGCGGACGUGCGCCGCGCCAAGCGCGCCGCCGCGCUAACCACGCACCCCGACAAGGCCGGCGGCGGCGAGGCGGCCGAGGCCGCCUUCCGCCUGGGGCGGGUGUGGGACAUGUCGGAGAGCGCGCACUGCGAGGGCCUGUUUGAGGCGGACCUCCUCCGAGACUUCCCCUUCAAUGCCCAUGACAACCCCUUUGCCAGGUUGGGGAGGGGCAGCUCCGCCUCGGCAAAGCCCAGGGCGGGCAAGCGCGGUGGGCGGGCGAGGAAAAAGGGCUCUGGGAAGUGA